AUGGAUAAUAAAGAGAAGCUUCGAGCUAUCAGAUUUGACAAGGAUUCCAUUAAGUUGGAAAUUUUGGAUCAAUUGGUUAUUCCUUAUAAAACGAGUUACAUUUCAAUCGAAUCAAUCGAUGAUGCAUUUAAUGCUAUCAAGAAAAUGCAGGUAAGGGGAGCACCCGCUAUUGCAAUUGUUGGGUCAUUUGCUGUGGCCAUUGAAGCAAAAAAUGUAUUAGAUAAUAAAUCAACUACAGUAGAUGAUCUAAUUAAGAGGAUUGACUACUUGGUUACGUCGCGACCAACAGCAGUGAACUUGUCUAACUCAUGUACAAAGAUUAAACAAUUGAUAUUACAAGACAGGGAACCAACUGAUUUGGUAAACGAGGAUGUGCUUAAUUUAAUUUUAUCCUAUUCGACGAAAUUGUUCGAAGAUGACCUUACGAACAAUAUUAAAAUAGGAGAGAAUGGCGUGAAGUUUAUCAAGGAAUCGUUGAGGCAACAAAAUUUCACAGGACCAUUCUCAAUUAUAACCAUUUGUAAUACUGGCUCAUUAGCGACUUCCGGACAUGGUACUGCUUUAGGCAUUAUCAGAUCUACCUUUGAAUGCUUAUCAAUAACUAGUGGUGAAGAAUUUUGGCUUGAAAAAGUCUAUCCUUGUGAAACACGACCUUAUAACCAAGGUUCAAGGUUGACUACUUAUGAAUUAAAAUAUGAGCAAAUCCCAUUUACUCUUAUAUGCGACAAUAUGGUAACAUCGUUGAUAAGCUCCCUCAACAAUAAUUCCGAAGUGAAAGCCCUGCGAGCCCCCAUCAAGUUUGUAAUCGUGGGAGCUGAUAGAAUUGUUAAAAAUGGAGACACAGCGAAUAAAAUAGGCACAUAUCAGUUGGCUGCUAUUGUUGAUUUUUUCAACAGUCAUGCUAGUGAGAAUGACGGCAUCAAAUUUAUUGUAGCUGCGCCUAGGACAACACUCGAUUUAAAAACAGAGAGUGGAGAUCAAAUAGAGGUAGAAGAGAGACCCUCUAAUGAGCUUACCAAUUUAAGUGGCCCUAUGUUGGUAGAUGAUUCUGUAGGAGAGAAAACUACAGUUGGAAUUGCCACUCCAAAUAUCUCUGUUUGGAAUCCAGCUUUUGACAUUACACCUCAUAAUUUGAUUCACAGCAUUAUAACUGAGAACGUGAUAUACAAAUUGAGCGAGUCCAAGAGCGAAUUCAAGUUCUGA